AUGGCAUCUGAAGAGCCUCCAGGCGGUGUGACAGGAACAGCCGCAAAGGCUGACCAGUCGACCGCUGAAUAUUCGCGCGUAAUGUCGCGUCGAAUGCAGAACAAGCCGCGUCCCAAACCACGUAUUCGUUCACAGGUCGCUGAAACAGCCCCACCCGAGCCAGCCCCUGCUGCAGAAGAUCACCCGCCCUCUGAUGAUGAAAAGAGUUCAGAAUGGCAUGCAUCUCGCCCGCCAUCCCCUCCACAGAGGACAGAUGACAUCUCCGAAGGCUCGGAGGCGACGGUUCGUCCUCUCAGGCCAGAACCUGCCAGUCGAUAUGCUAACCUCAACUAUUGGAAAGCGAGGCGUGUGACGUUCUAUCGGAAUGGGGAUCCCUUUCAUCCCGGUGUGGAAUUCCGCUUCAAGCCCGGUAGAGAUCUGGUCUCAAUAGACGUCUUAUUAGAUAGAUUAUCUGAAAGAUUGGAGCUGCCGAGGGGUGCACGAUUCAUUUUCGGCAUGGAUGGUGACAGGAAGUACAGGCUUGAAGAGCUAGAGGAUGGUGCGUCCUACGUUGUCUCAUCUUACAAGACAUUCAAAGUAAGUUCUAAGCAAUUAUAA